AUGACCAGGGUCUCUCGUCACAAGGCUAGAGACGCGCAUGUUCGACGUACUACUACACAUGAUUCCCCACAUGAUCACGACGUAGUGAAGGGACGCGUAAUUCCUGAUGGUGCUCGAUCUGCCAUUGUCUUUCGUGCCUGGGAAGGCUUCGACUGGGACGAUGACGAUGUCCAGAACCUUCGGAAGAUGCAAGAAGAUCUCUCCGAUCUUACCGACGGGGAUGGGCGACCCGCCUUCGAUGUCACCAUACUGAUGCACAUCCAUAAUGUCAGCCUCUUCAACACGAACACUUCGGAGCAAAUCAUCCGAAAUCUUGUGCCGAACGAGUUCGCUUCUAUGACUCAUCUGUGGACUUACAACGACACCCAAGGAGCGUAUCCACUGGUCGGAGACCAUGAGGUCUACUACCACAUGUUCAUGGCUCUGCAGCUUUUCUCUCAGCGGAAUGCACAGUACAAAAUGCUAUGGAACUGGGAAAUGGAUGUUCGGUAUACAGGCCGCCAUGAUUUCUUCCAGAAAACUGGUCAGUGGGCAGACAAGCAAUUAGCGGAUGAUACAUGGCAUCAAAACCAACGAUUCCAUGUGCCAUGUCCGGAGCGGCCCUUCCAUGAUUCUGCGGCCCUGAGUGUCUGCCACGAUCUGAAUGAAGAGUAUAUCGACGACGCUCAUGCUACCUCAACAGACAUAAGAUCGCCUGAAGAGACUGAUCUGAUCACACUGCUACCAUUAUUCGACGUUGCCGGAACAAUGUGGCCCUACAGAGAUCAUACCUACAAUUAUGACCUUCGCCCGUCGUGGCUGAGUCCUCGAUUGGCCUCGGUAGGCACGAAUGUGCGACUUUCGAAACGCCUACUCCAAAUCAUGCACGAAGAGAACGUUGCGGGUCGCAGUAUGGUGUCUGAGAUGUGGCCGGCGACAGCAGCACAUCAUGCAGGUCUGAAGAUUGUGUAUGCACCACAUCCCAUGUACUUCGAGCAGCAAUGGUCGGCUGAGCAGUUGGAGACAACAUUCAAUGCCGGUGCAAAUGGACGGGUGGGAGGUUCGUUGGAUACUGUAGUCAAUCAGGAAAAGAACUUUCGCGGAUCCACCUGGUAUUGGACGACUGAGUUUGGUCCGCAACUCUACCAUCGUUGGAUGGGUCUCGCUCACGAAGGCCCUGGUUCGUCCGUGUGGGAGGAGGAGCAUGGUCUGAUGUGUCUGCCUGCUAUGCUACUGCAUCCCAUCAAGAAAUCAGCGCUUCGCAAGACGACCAGCACAGAUGCAGGGUGA